UGUGCAAAGGCACUUUUGGAGAAGUUCAUCCCAGAAACAGGAGAGGAAUCCUCGAGCUGGCUGGAGCCAUCAGGUGCACCACGGGACGUUCUCCCUUCGCCUACCUACGCUACGGGUGCUACUGUGGCCUGGGAGGGAAAGGAUGGCCCAAGGACAGAGUAGACUGGUGCUGCUUUCACCACGACUGCUGCUAUGGCAAGGCAGAACAAGCAGGUUGUCAGCCAAAGACAGAGAGCUACCACUGGGAAUGUGAAGACAAUUCUGCUGUGUGUGAGUCACUAGAAGACAAAUGUCAAAAAAUGGCAUGUGAAUGUGACCGUGAAGCUGCCAAAUGCUUUUCUAAAGCUCCUUAUCACAGAAAAUACCUUUUGUGGCCAGACUUUAUGUGUGGUGAGAUUCAGCCUUUGUGUGGCUAUUAG